AAAUGACAAGAAGUUAGAAAACACCGAAGCCAGGGGUGUAACACCGCGCCUCUGCACCGCACCGCACCGCACUGCGCUUCUGAGUUUACAUUCUAAUUGAGCAAAGAGGAGAGAGAAAGUGAGAGCGAUGGAUUCCGACGAAGAAGACUUGGUGUUCUUCGGAACUCCUAUUGAGAGAGAAGAAGACCUCACCAGUCGCAAGAAGAAGGCCCUUGCUGUUGCUUCUUCUCAACUCCGUACCCUUCCUUCUUGGAAGCAAGAGGUCACAGAUGAAGAAGGAAGGAGAAGAUUUCACGGAGCAUUCACCGGAGGGUUUUCUGCGGGGUUUUACAAUACAGUUGGUUCAAAGGAGGGUUGGGCUCCACAGUCAUUCACAUCUUCCCGGAAGAACAGAGCUGAAGCGAAAAAGCAGAAUGUUUUGGACUUCCUGGAUGAUGAUGAAAAAGAUGAAAUGGGUGGUCAAAUUUUGGGAACAUCAUCACAGUUUGAUACGUUUGGAUUUACAGCUGCAGAGCUUGCUCGCAAACAAGCUGAGAAGGAGCAGAAGCAGAGGCCAUCAGUUAUCCCGGGUCCUGUUCCUGAUGAAUUAGUUAUUCCUGCUACAGAAUCUAUUGGUGUAAAGUUGUUGUUGAAGAUGGGAUGGCGCCAUGGUCGAUCAAUAAAGGAUUCAUCUAUCAAUUCGCACCAUGAGGCCCGCCGAGAAGCAAGAAAAGCAUUUAUGGCACUUUCCUCUGUGGAUAAAACUGCUGAUGGGGGUGGCUCUGAGCCCUAUAAGAAUAGUUCUGAUGCCCUCAUGGAGGAUCUUGCUACUGAUGAUGUUCAGUCUACCGGGGGGACUACACCUGUAUAUGUACGACAGCCAAAGCAGGACUUGUAUGGUUUAGGUUAUGAUCCAUACAAGCAUGCUCCAGAAUUUCGAGAAAUGAAGCGAUCACGCUUAUCAGGGAAUAAAGAGAUUGACUUUAGAAAACCUUUCUCAUCAAGACAAGAACUUGCAACUGCCAAGUCAGGAAAACUUGCUUCUGGUUUUGGUAUUGGUGCCUUGGAGGAAUAUGGUGUCGAGGACGAGGAUAUCUACUCAUCUGGACAUGAUUAUGUUGAGACUUAUCUUCCAAAUGAUGAUGAUGAGCUCUCAAGACUGGCAAUAGAUGAUGGGCAACAAGCAGCUCGUGUGGACCAAGGUGCUGUUCCUAGAUUCAGAAUUGCAUCUAAGUCUGAGUAUCAACUGCAAAGAUUUGAUCCUCCUAUUGUUCCGAAGGAUUUUGCACCACAACACAAGUUUCCUGCUCCUCUUGAAACUAACAACCGGACAAGUGAUCUACCUCCACCAGAGGUUCCUCCUCCUGUUGAUAAUAUCCAUAAAGUCUUGAUUGAGGGAGUUGCAGCUCUGGUUGCUCGUUGUGGUAAAUUAUUUGAGGAUAUCUCUAGAGAGAAGAAUCAAUCGAAUCCACUGUUCAAUUUCCUUAAUGGCGGAAGUGGCCAUGAUUAUUAUGCAAGGAAGUUAUGGGAAGCACAACAGAAGUGUACUAAUCAAAUUAGAAUGCGGCCAGAUGAAAAGUUACAGUCCACUGUGCAGAAAAUGACUGCUGAGAGUCGUGGGAAUAUCUUAGGGGAAAGGCCACUUGAGAGGACAUUAAAGGAUUCAUGUUCUGCUGCUGCAGCAGCUGAUGAUGAUAUUCAUGUUCAGUCCAAUCUGUCGGAUACAUUUACCAAACCUGAAGUGUUUAAAGAACUCCUUGAAACUGCAAAGCCUUACAAAGAUGAUCCAGCAAAGCAAGCAAGAUUUGAGCAGUUCCUGAAAGACAAAUAUCAGGGAGGACUUCGUGCAACAGAUUCAGGUAAAGCAACUUAUAUGUCAGAAGCUGCUAGAGCUCGUGAGAGAUUGGAUUUUGAGGCGGCUGCCGAGGCAAUACAGAAAACCAAAUCUGCCAACCAAAGCAAGCUCUCUGGUGAGCAGUUAAGUGAUUUCACUAUGGCAACUGGAAUGCAGUUUACUUCUGGUGGAGUUCAGCUUGGGAACUCAACUGAAGAAUUGAUAUCAAAGAAUAUGUUUCCGAAGCGUGAAGAGUUCCAAUGGCGACCUGCCCCUUUAUUGUGCAAGCGGUUUGACAUUGUUGAUCCUUUUAUGGGAAAACCGCCCCCUGCUCCAAGGAUGAGAGGCAAGCUGGAUUCUCUUAUUUUUGCCCCAGAUACUGCAAAAAUUACGAGGACAGAGGAUGUGAAUAUGUCUAGUGACCAAUCUCCAACUCUUUGGAAAAGUAAUGGUGAGCUGUCCAUGGACAUGAGUAUCAAAGAAGCUGAAGUUGCUGUGGAAGUUGAAAAUGUUGAGCGACCGGUGGAUCUUUACAAGGCUAUAUUCUCCGAUGACUCUGAUGGUGAAGAGGACAAUUCUGUUUUACAUCAAAUGGAAGAUCCACAUAAGAAGACAGAAGCUGCUAGUGCUGCGUUCAGUCGCAUAGUAGCUGGGGACUUUUUGGAGUCUUUGGGUAAAGAGCUUGGUCUAGAGGUUCCGCCAGAUCUCCCUCCUGCAACUUCUAAAGCUGGGACCUUGUUACCUCAUGAAGAUGUUACUCAGGAUUUUCCGUCAUCUGCUGGAUUGGGUGGUUCUGCAGUCUGUGACAGCAAAAACUUGAAUCGGGUGGUUGAUGACAGGGACAGAGCGCAAGAAGUAUUACUUAUGACUCCUAGUUCGCAGAAUGUAGACAAUAAUACAAAACUGGAGAGGGUAGGUCGAGGGGACAAAAAGAAGAAACAUGAGUUGAGGAGUUCGUCCUCAGAAGAUGAAAGGAGUAGAAAACGCUCAAGGAAGCAUCGUCGUAGACACAGCAGUUCAGAUGAUGAUUCUUCUGAUGAUUCUAGAGGUCGGUAUAGUUCUAGGUCGAGAGAUGACAAAAAGCGGUCUUCUCGGAAGAAGCAUCGAAAGAGAAAGCACUCGAGGCAUAAGUGAGUGUAGGAUCUUUCCUUGGUAGAUAGUGCACACCUCCAUAGAAAAAGAAACUAAGUACAGGGGAGAUCUGAAAUCUAUUAUAGUAGAUGAUUGAGGCCAGCAAAUCGGGCCAGAAACAAUUUGAGACUACCAUUGCAGCAUAAAGAAAGUUUAUUUCAUGUGCCUCUUCAAGUUUCAGUUAUUCCUUGGGAUUUGGAGAUAUAGUUGUAUAUUAUUUUGUAACAUUGAUAUUUAUCAUGCUUUACCUGUGA